AUGGGUAAUGCGAUAAAAAAAGUGUUUCCAAACACUCGACACCGCUUGUGUGAAUGGCAUAUUGAAAGGCACGAACCGGAACACAUUCGCCCAUUUGUUGCCCGUUAUAGUGAUUUUCAGGAAUCUUAUAGACAUUGGGUAAACAGUGACACCAUUGAAGAAUAUGAAAAAAAAAUUGAAGUUAUGCGUAGUAGGUAUAACCUGGAACAUAAUUGUUGGAUAAGUGAAAUGUAUAACCAACGGAUACAUUGGGCAAAACCUUUCUUCAAAGAUAGUUUCUUGGCCAGUAUGACAACCAGUGGACGAAGUGAGAGUAUUAAUUCUUUUUUUGAUGGAUUUGUCAAUUCCAACACCAUGUUGAAUGCAUUUGUACUACAAUAUGAAAUAGCAGUAGAGACUCGAAGGGCCACCGAAGAAGAUGAAGACUUCAAGACUAUGAACUCGAGGGCAGUUCUUUCUUCUGUGCAUCCAAUCGAAGCAAAAGCAGGCGGAUGA